AUGGACCCAGAGCCAGUUGAGAACAGCAAUAUGAAGGAGAUUGAGAACUACAUUCGAAGCCACGAUAUCCAGCAAUUACUGAAGGAUAGCAUCAUCCAACUCUGCCUGCAUCGGCCAGAAAAUCCUUUCGCAUUUCUUAGACAACAUUUUGAGAAACUAGACAGGGUGGCAGGGGCGUCCACUGUUGUCAAGGAGGAGGAGAGGGAGGCCUCGCCUACCCCACAGGCGGCUGCCCCCAAGAAGAGGAGUAGGAGGGGGGCAGUCAGUGCUGAGGUCUACACUGAAGAGGAUGCUGCUUCGUACGUCAAGAAGGUAGUGCCGAAAGACUACAAAACCAUGGCUGCACUGUCAAAAGCAAUAGCCAGGAAUGUUCUCUUCUCCCAUUUAGACGAUGCCGAGAGAAGUGACAUAUUUGAUGCCAUGUUUUCCGUGAACAGACAUGCCGGAGAAAUUAUCAUACAACAAGGUGACGAAGGCGAUAACUUCUAUGUGAUUGAUCAUGGAGAAGUUGAUAUCUACGUUAACAACGACUACAUAAGUACGAUUGGCGAGGGAGGUAGUUUCGGAGAACUUGCUCUGAUCUAUGGAACGCCAAGGGCGGCCACCGUCAAGGCAAAAAGUGACUGCAAUCUCUGGGGCAUUGAUAGGGAUAGCUAUAGAAGGAUUCUUAUGGGUAGUACAAUCCGUAAGAGGAAGAUGUACGAAGAGUUCCUCAGUAAGGUCUCCAUACUUGAAAACUUGGACAAGUGGGAGAGAUUGACGGUGGCAGAUGCUUUGGAGCCAGUGCAGUUCGAAGAUGGUGCCGUCAUCGUUAGGCAGGGCGAUGCUGGUGAUGAUUUCUUCAUCAUCGUCGAGGGUGCAGCAACGGUUCUUCAGAAGAGGGCAGAAAAUGAAGAACCCGUGGAAGUUGGACAGCUCGGUCCGUCUGAUUACUUCGGUGAAAUAGCCCUGUUAUUGGAUAGACCCCGUGCGGCUACUGUUGUGGCUCAUGGCCCCCUCAAGUGUGUGAAGAUGGAUAGAUCGAGGUUCGAGAGAGUUCUCGGCCCGUGCUCUGAUAUCCUCAAGCGUAAUAUCGCUCAGUACAACAGCUACGUCUCCUUGUCCGUCUAG